AUGGCGGGCGCAAAUUGUUGGUUCUCAAUGCUCUCUUCUUCCUCCGGUUCCACUUCCCGUUGUUCUUUAACCUCCCAACGCCUUUUUUCCACCUCCCGAAGACCUACUUAUUUUCUUACAUCCAUUGUUAAAUCUUCCAAGGACCGAAAUCAGAAUCCGAAACAAAAAUUGCCCAGGGAAACGCCGGGUAAAUUCAGCACAGAGAGUGAAGCUAUUACACAUAAAUUGCCAGGGAGAUCAAGAGAUGAAAUCCAUUUAUCAAAUGUAGAUGGUCGAAUUAUUAGGAAAAAUGCAGGGAGUUCUCAAUCAACUUCGUUUAGAUCUUCUGGCAUGCAGAGGAAAGGGAACAAGGGAGUUCUGUUUGACUCAAGAGACCAACAGGUAAAGACUGGUAAUCUUCAAGAUGCUGCAUUUCUUAACGCUGUUGUAAAGGUUUACUGUACCCACACUGCACCAGAUUACUCUCUUCCUUGGCAGAAACAAAGGCAGUAUCAAAGUACUGGAAGUGCUUUUAUGAUCGGGGAUGGGAAGCUUUUGACAAAUGCACACUGUGUUGAACAUGACACACAGGUCAAAGUGAAGAAAAGGGGCGAUGAUACAAAAUAUGUUGCAAAGGUUCUCGCAAAAGGAGUAGAAUGUGACAUAGCUCUGCUUUCUAUUGAAAGCGAGGAAUUCUGGAAAGGAGCUGAGCCCCUUAAGUUUGGACGCUUGCCUUGUCUGCAGGAUGCAGUGACUGUUGUUGGAUAUCCGCUUGGUGGAGAUACUAUUUCAGUAACAAAGGGUGUGGUAUCAAGAAUAGAGGUUACAUCAUAUGCCCAUGGCUCAUCUGAGUUACUUGGUAUUCAAAUUGAUGCAGCAAUAAAUCCUGGUAAUAGUGGUGGCCCUGCAUUCAAUGACCGGGGAGAGUGUAUUGGAGUUGCAUUUCAGGUUUACAGAUCUGAUGAGGCUGAGAAUAUUGGCUACGUGAUUCCAACUACUGUUGUAUCUCAUUUCCUGGAGGACUAUGAGAGGAAUGGGAAAUACACUGGUUUUCCUUCUCUUGGGGUGGUGUUGCAGAAAUUGGAGAAUCCAGCUUUGCGGGCCUGCUUAAAUGUUACAUCAAACGAGGGCGUACUUGUGCGGAGAGUUGAGCCAACUUCUGAUGCCAGUAAUGUACUGAAGAAGGGGGACGUCAUUGUAAGUUUUGAUGAUGUUCGUGUUGGUUGUGAAGGGACAGUGCCAUUCCAAACAACUGAACGCAUUGCAUUUCGCUAUCUUAUUAGUCAAAAAUUUGUGGGUGAUGUAGCAGAGCUUGGCAUUAUCAGAGGAGGACAAUUUAUGAAAGUUCAAGCCAUCAUGAAUCCACGUGUGCAUUUGGUUCCGUAUCAUAUUGAAGGAGGUCAGCCUUCAUAUUUAAUAGUUGCUGGAUUGGUGUUUACACCUCUAUCAGAACCUUUAAUCGAAGAAGAAUGUGAAGAUACCAUUGGGUUGAAGCUGUUGACAAAGGCGCGGUACUCAAUGGCUAGGUUCAAAGGGGAACAGAUCGUGAUCCUAUCACAGGUCUUAGCAAAUGAAGUAAAUAUUGGGUACGAAGAUCUGAGCAAUGAACAGGUAUUGAAGUUAAAUGGAACUUGGAUCAGAAACAUUCACCACCUAGCACAUCUGGUUGAUUCUUGCAAGGACAGAUAUUUGGUCUUCGAAUUUGAAGACAAUUUUUUGGUCGUUAUGGAAAGGGAAGACACGUUGGCUGCAUCUGGUUGCAUCCUCAAAGAUUACGGGAUUCCAUCUGAAAGGUCUUCUGAUCUUUUGGAACCAUAUGUGGACUCUAUAGGACAUGCCGCAACUAUAGAUCAACACGAGUCAGUUGACUGUGCAGUUUCAAAUUCAGAAUUUGGCUAUGAUGGACUACUUUGGGCGUAA